AUGUACUAUCUGAGCAGACGCGCUUUCAUUAUGUUGACGUGCAGUAUAGUAUUCAUCACAGUGGUCUUUUUUACCGCUUACGGGGCAUACGGAGCACCAUCGUCCGCGGAGGACCUCUCGACGGAACAGGAAUCAGACUUCCUAAUCGGUGACCGACAACUGCAACAGGUGCACGCGUUUUUCCGGCACGGUCAGCGCACACCGGCAGAUACGUACCCGAACGAUCCUUAUCUCAACUACACCUUCGAGCCAUACGAUUGGGGUCAGCUGACUAAUGAAGGAAAAUUCUCGCUGUACAGUGAGAUUGGGCAGUGGCUGCACGAUCGCUACGGAAGCUUCGUGGGUCCUUAUCGCGCGAAAAAUGUACACGUGCAAACGACGGGCGUCUCGAGGACUCAGAUGUCAAUGCAGAUAGUGCUGGCCGGACUGUUCCCGCCGGACGACUCUGCGCUGCAGUGGAACCGAAACCUGAAUUGGCAACCGAUACCCUAUUUUAGCGAACCGCUCGAUAAGGACACGCUGUUGCUCGUGCGAGUUUCGUGCCGCCGAUACGCAGAGGCCAUACAGGAAGUCUUUAAGUUGCCCGAAGUCGUGAAGCUUAUGAGUGAUAACCAACAACUGUACCAGAAUCUCACGGAACUUACCGGCCUGCAGAUUGCCACACCAGAUGACGUGCAGUCUCUGUUCAGUACGCUAAAGGCAGAGUCGGAUUUCGGUCUCGAGCUGCCAGCGUGGACCAAGGACUACUAUCCGGACAAACUGUUGCCGCUGACAAAGAAAAGCUACUCCCUAAACGUCUACACCGAUGAGAUGAAACGGCUCAAGGGUGGCCCGUUUCUGCGGAAAACACUCGACGAAUGGGAUACGUUGAUUGCCAAUCCGAGCGGUGCGCACAAAAAGCUUCUGCUCUACGCGGGGCACGAUUCAACGAUCGUCAAUCUGCUGUCAGCGUUACAGGUGUGGAACGGGAACGUUCUACCCGAUUACGGAAUCAUGGGCAUACUGGAGCUUUACCGUGAUGUUGCAACCGGACAGUACAGUGUUGUCGUUAGCCGGAAGCAGCUUGGAAAGCGCUUAAAACGACUAACCAUUCCAGGAUGCACGUUGUUCUGUCCGAUCGCAAAACUGAAAACGGUGCUGCAUGCCACCAUACCGGUCGACUGGACGACGGAGUGUGUGGCCAAAGAUCCCGACACUGUCGAACCGCCACCAUCAGGGCCGUGACCGCGGUUAAUGGGUGUUCGAAUUCGUAGAAUCGAACAAAAUAUGGAAGAAUUUCACCUUAAGUCCCUUGCAGUGGGAACGUGUUUAGUUUUA